ACAAUUCGUACGUACUCUGCGUCGUAGGCAACGAACAGCCAAAACGUUGAAAAAGGAGUCCGGGGCAGGUUGUAGACUAUUACUAACCUAGAUGCGCAUUACCUCACUUGACAAGCAAGCCUUGCGCAAAAAAGGAGAUUCGACGGUCCCGGGCUGACCUGACUUGGCAUUUGGCAAUGAUGGAAUCCACCUCGAGUACCGAGACGGCAUCUCAUGUCAGAUCGCAUGUCUACAAACCCAGACACUCGGCGGUCGCUGGUCUUCAGCUGUCGUGGCCCCAUGCCGGCGACAGAAAACGCGCGCGGGUGGGAGAAGAGCCGACGGCGUCACGGGGUAAGCGCAAGGCCGGCUUAGCGGCGCCUACCAUGACCACUGCCACGCGCAUCGUCAACGUUUUGCACCGCGACAUGGAAGCGCACUACGGCCCCGCCACGUCGGCAGCACAGGGGACAGGGCGCGCCUCGUCGUUGUUGGACAGACCAUGCCCCCCCAAACCCGUAGACUCUCUGAUCGACGACGGGUACAAAGACCUGCUAGAGCACUUCCAGCUCCACGCCGCGGCGUCGCUGGCCGUCGCCGGCCACACGCAGAAGGAGCUGGGCGACGCGCUGCUCCGCAUAGCCAUGACCAACCCGCACACGGUCUCGGCCAGGGCCCUGCUCCAGGCCAUCCUCGCCUUUUCCUCGCUCCAACGCCAUGGCCUCAACAUCCAGGACGCCGAGCUCAAAGUCGCGGCCAUAAAGUCUUUGGUGGCUGCGUCGGGAAGCAGCAACAUCGGCACCACCGAAGCAGUCCAGCACGUCGCCGCCAGCAUGCUGCUGUGUUCGUUCGAGACCCACCACAAAUCCUGCACCUGGGAGGAGUGGACACUAUAUCUGCACGGCGCCAAGGACGUCAUCCAGGCCGCCGGUCUCAACAGACACCCCGACGCCCACCGCGGCGGCGACGUCGCCAUCCUGCUGGCCUGGGUCUACUACCACGACGUGCUGGCGCGCUUCAGCGCCCAGGUCUGGCGCGGGCAGGAGCUCUCGACAGCCGUGACGCUCUCCGCGAGCCCCUUUUCCGUCGGCUCAUUCACCGCGGUCAACCCGGCCAGCGGCCGCCCGCUCACCGGCUCCUGCAUGCUUAUUCGCGCCGAGAUGCCCCACGCCGCGCAGCACCUGCCGGCAUUUGCCCUGCUGCAGCUGCUCUCGGAGGUCGUCGACGCGGUUGCCACGCCGCAGCCGCCGCCUGACGGGACGGAGCAGCGCGCGGAGACGACCGACGACCACGGAACCUACCUCGCCAUCCUCGACUGGCGCAUCCGCAACGUGCAGCUCGCCCACCCCGAGGCACACUACACCACCACCACACAACGGCAGCAGCAAAUCAACCUGGAACUCUUCCAGCUCGCCAUGCUCAUCUACCUCGCCCGCAUGCCCGAGCAUCCUCGCCCCCACAGCAAAAACAACAACCACACAAACCCAAAUACCAAACAACGCUUGCGCACCCAAGAGGACAUCGACCGCGCAUUCACCCUCCUCGCCCAGUCAAGCGCCUGCGCACAACAAUUCCCCAUCUUCAUGCUCGGCAGCGAAGCGCGGCGCGACGAGCAGCGCGCGGCCGUGCUGGACGUGAUCGCGCGCACGGAGCACAGCGGCACCGCGAGCCGCGAUUUCCUCGUGUGCAAGAUGCUCGAGGCCGUGUGGGCGCAGGAUGAUCUUGCGGAGGCGAGUGGUUGGGGGAUGGGGUUUAGGGAGCGGGUGGGACGGGUUAUGGGACGGGUGGAUGUCAUGCCGCCUUUUGUGUGAUUUUGGUUCUGGUUCUGGUUCUGGUUCUGGUUCUGGU